AUCACCAGUCUCUCCAUAUCUCAAAACACACAAAUUACGAAACUCUUUCGUUAGUUUGAAGUAGUGCUCGUUGAACCUGGUGAAAUGGCAAUGUCAGCAGAGAAUGAACAUCCGGUGAAGGCUUUUGGAUGGGCAGCCAGAGAUUGUUCAGGACAUCUCUCUCCCUUCAAGUUCUCAAGAAGGGUCACUGGAGAAAAAGAUGUGACUUUUAAGGUAUUGUAUUGUGGUAUUUGCCAUUCGGAUCUCCACAACGUUAAAAAUGAAUGGGGAACAACUUCUUAUCCCGUGGUUCCUGGACAUGAGAUUGUUGGUGUGGUCACUGAAGUAGGCACCAAAGUGACAAAAUUCAAAGUUGGGGACAAGGUGGGUGUUGGGUGUUUGGUUGGAUCAUGUCGAUCCUGUGCAAAUUGUAAAGAAGAUCUUGAGAACUAUUGCCCCAAAAUGAUCUUUUCCUAUGGUUCAGAGUUCUAUGAUGGAACCAUCACCUAUGGUGGCUACUCGGACAACAUGGUAUCUGAUGAGCACUUUGUAAUUAAAAUCCCCGAUAACUUGCCUCUUGACGGUACUGCUCCUCUCCUUUGUGCGGGGAUCACUGUUUAUAGUCCAUUGAAGUACUACGGCCUUGAUAAGGCUGGAAUGCACUUAGGAGUGGUUGGGCUGGGUGGGCUAGGGCACAUGGCCGUAAAGUUUGCCAAGGCCAUGGGCCUCAAGGUGACCGUUAUCAGUACUUCGCCUAACAAGAAGAAGGAAGCCAUGGACCGUUUGGGAGCCGAUGGCUUCUUGAUUAGCCGCAACACAGAAGAGAUGCAAUUGGCAAUGGGUACAAUGGAUGGCAUUAUUGACACAGUUUCAGCUGUGCAUGCUCUCUUGCCUUUGAUCGGUCUCUUGAAAUCUCAUGGAAAGCUUGUCUUGGUUGGUGCACCAGAGAAGCCGCUUGAGUUACUUUCUGCGCCCCUCCUCAUGGGAAGAAAGAUUGUGGGAGGAAGUCUUAUUGGAGGGAUAAAGGAAACGCAAGAGAUGAUUGAUUUCGCAGCGAAGCACGACAUAGUUGCGGAUAUUGAGCUUAUUCCUAUGGAUUAUGUGAAUACUGCCAUGGAGCGUCUGUCAAAAGCGGAUGUUAAGUAUCGAUUUGUCAUCGACAUCGCCAAUUCAUUGAAGUCUUCUUGAGGUUUUCAAAUGGUUUGGUACUCUCCGGAGCAAGAAUAAAUAUCGGCAUCUCUUAUCUUUUCUUUUAAGAGUUUAUAUGGCUAAGAUCAUUUGCCGACUUGUAACAGUUUUGGCGUGAUUUGCCUAUGCUCUAGUGAUGUUAUCAUUUCAUUAUCACCUCCGAAAUAAAUAUUAGUGCUUUGUAUA